GUCCAUCCCCUCCCCAACACCACCUCUGCUGCUGCCUCUGGCUGUGGACCUGCACCUCUUCCCCAUCCCCGGCAGGCCCGGGAAGCAGGCAACAGAAGCAGGAGUGUCACUGGCCGCCAGAUCACUGAGGGUCCCACAAUGUGGUCUGGGCUGUGAUUUAUCCUGGGUGAGACAGCUUGAGUCCCCAACCUGGAUUCCAAGACAUCCCUGCUGAGAGACCCCAGGUGCAGCACAGCAGGACGACUGAUGGAGCCCCCCAGGGCCCAUCGAGUACCGGACUGGCUGACCCCAUAGGGUGGCCAGUAGCCCCUGCCCCUCAGUAUGGCCAACACCACCGGAGAGCCCGAGGAGGUGAGCGGCGCACUGUCCCCACCGUCAGCAUCGGCUUAUGUGAAGCUGGUGCUAUUGGGACUGAUUAUGUGCGUAAGCCUGGCGGGCAACGCCAUCUUGUCCCUGCUGGUGCUCAAGGAGCGUGCCCUGCACAAGGCUCCUUACUACUUUCUGCUGGACUUGUGCCUGGCUGAUGGCAUACGCUCUGCCGUCUGCUUCCCUUUUGUGCUGGCUUCUGUGCGUCACGGCUCCUCAUGGACCUUCAGUGCACUCAGCUGCAAGAUUGUGGCCUUCAUGGCCGUGCUCUUUUGCUUCCAUGCGGCCUUCAUGCUGUUCUGCAUCAGCGUCACCCGCUACAUGGCCAUCGCCCACCACCGCUUCUACGCCAAGCGCAUGACCCUCUGGACAUGCGCAGCUGUCAUCUGCAUGGCCUGGACCUUGUCUGUGGCCAUGGCCUUCCCACCUGUCUUCGAUGUGGGUACCUACAAGUUUAUCCGGGAGGAGGACCAGUGCAUCUUUGAGCAUCGCUACUUCAAGGCCAAUGACACACUGGGCUUCAUGCUCAUGUUGGCUGUGCUCAUGGCAGCCACACAUGCUGUCUAUGGCAAGCUGCUCCUCUUCGAGUAUCGUCACCGCAAGAUGAAGCCAGUGCAGAUGGUACCAGCCAUCAGCCAGAACUGGACAUUCCAUGGUCCUGGGGCUACCGGCCAGGCUGCUGCCAACUGGAUCGCCGGCUUUGGCCGUGGGCCCAUGCCACCAACCCUGCUGGGUAUCCGGCAGAAUGGGCAUGCAGCCAGCCGGCGGCUGCUGGGCAUGGACGAGGUCAAGGGUGAAAAGCAGCUGGGCCGCAUGUUCUACGCGAUCACACUGCUCUUCCUGCUCCUCUGGUCACCCUACAUUGUGGCCUGCUACUGGCGAGUAUUUGUGAAAGCCUGUGCUGUGCCCCACCGCUACUUGGCCACUGCUGUUUGGAUGAGCUUCGCCCAGGCUGCUGUCAACCCGAUCGUCUGCUUCCUGCUCAACAAGGACCUCAAGAAGUGCCUGAGGACUCAUGCCCCAUGCUGGGGCACAGGAGGUGCCCCGGCUCCCAGAGAACCCUACUGUGUCAUGUGAAACAGGCUGGCCAACCCUGGUCCCAAGCCCAGUCUCCUCUCCUUCCCCACCGUG